CUUUCAGUCAGAUAUCUACUCUCUAUCAAAAUGGCACCACGCCGAACUCCAUCCGCGAACGCCGCCGACAACACCUCCAACACAGCCUCCAAACGAGGUCGCGGCGCCUCUGCCAGUGCCGAGCCUACUCUCCAAGCUGGAGCGCCCCAGGCCACUGCCAAAGUCACCAAGAAAGCACUAGCGAAGCGCACCGCGCGCUCUCGCACCGGAUCUGCAGUUCCAGAAGCUUCCGAUUUACCACUCGCACAGUCCGCUGAAGCUCCUCAGCAAGGUUCGUCACCCUCCAAAGCCAUCCAUCGCACCAUCUAAUAC